GAAGACAAAUUAUUGCUUUGCUCUCUGGACGUUGGAUUUGCAUCAUGCGUUCAUUCGUGAUGCUGCAUUGAAAAGUAUUUCGAAAAGACUUGGAGUUUAUGAUUACGCAUUUUUAAUAGGAAUUAAUAUUUUAGAAUCUCGCAUCAGAAUAUAGUAUUAAAAUCAGAAAUGAGCGAAGGCGAAUCAAGUCAAAAUCCUCCCCGGCAAGGCUUUCAAGCAGCAAUUAACCACAUGCUUGAAAGUAAAAUUGAUUCCUUAUUAUGGUUAACUAGAUUGGGCACAAUAAUGUUCACUAUUUUUUCGAUGAUACCAUUGUUUGGUAUAAAUCCAUAUACAAGUUAUCAACGAGCUCUUAUGAGUAGUGCAGCUACGAGUGCCCUUCGUUUACAUCAAAGGAUGCCACGAAUACAAUUUACUCGUGAAUUUGGAGCCAUGCUUUUGAUGGAGGACUCAUGCCACUACUUAUUAUAUUCCAUACUCUUUAUAAUUUCAUCCCCUAUUACUUUAUCAUUACUGCCAGUUUUUCUGUUUGCUGUUCUACAUUCAGUACAUUAUAGUGUAGUCAUCUUAAAUAAAUUGGGACAGUUAAAUCUUGCUAGAUCAUUAGCUGCAACUGCAGAAAAUCACCAGCAAAACAUUCUCAAAUUAGUGGCAUUUACUGAAGUGUGCUUAAUGCCUAUCACUAUUAUAUGGCUUCUAAGUGGUAAAGGGAGUUUGCUGGCACCUUUUGCGUAUUAUCGUUUCUUGACAUUCCGUUAUGCAUCCCGAAGGAAUCCAUAUACUAGAAAUGUGUUUCGUGAAAUGAGAAUCGUUCUUGAAGCCUUUGCUAACACCCCUGGACGAAAUGUGUCAAUGAGAAACAUGUGCUACAAAAUUAUCAACUAUACAUCCUAUUUGGCACCACCCAUACCAGCACAGCAGUAACAAUUUUGUAAAAACUUCGACUUUGGUGACUGUAUUUUUAAUAUGGUUUGUGUCAAAUUUUAUAUCUAUUUAUGUGCUUUGAUAAACAUCUGGAUCACUUGUUUUGUUUAGUUGAUAUUAGCACAAUAUUUAAAAGUUUUGUCAUGUCAUCAAAUUAGGUAUGAUGGUUUCAUUAUUGAAACACGUAUUCACCUAUGCACUGUGCAUAAUUCAUAUGCAUUUAAAUUUAAUUUACAAUGUUCCAUGAGUUUUAUUUAAACAAGAUUGAUGGUACUUUUUAAGUAUGUUAUAAAAAAUUAUGUCAGUUAUUUAUUGUCAUUUCUCCUUCCUUUUUAAUUUUUGUAAUUUUGUAACUGUAUAUUAGGUUGAUUACAUCUUUGGAUUAUAAGAUGGAUUGCUUUAAGUUUCAUUUUGCAACACUGUAAAAUGAUUCUGUCUAAAACAAUUAGAAUUAUCGGGAAAUAUUGGAUGUGCUGUUUGUAUGCUAAAUAAAAAGAAUUAUAAAGAAU